AUGGCCGCUUCCAAUGGAGAGCCUGCCGCUGCUAUCCCGCACGAGCUGGAUGUGAAGCCUCCGUCAGACGUCGUCAUUCCCCCGCCCAAUGUCCGCGAAAAUGUCGCAAAGGCGGCUGAUUUCAUCUACCGUCGAGGCGAUAGCCAUCUGGCCAAAAUGAAGUUGCGUGUUGCUAACGAGCCGAAGAGCAACCUUACGUUUGUACUCGAGGACGACCCAUACCAUAGUUACUUCCUCUGGUAUCUCCAGCAGUUGAAGGAGGGUCACGGAUUGUCCGCAAGCCAAAGUGCGCGACCAGCGGCCGACAAAACGCCAAAAGGCCCUCCGGAGCCACCCAAAUUUCGCUUCUCUGCGCGCAUGCCCAACAUAAGCGCAAAGGACCUGGAGGUGCUCAAGCUGACAGCGCUGUACACUGCACGUGUGGGCGAGAACUGGUUAAAGGACCUGCGCAACCGCGAAUCCGGCAACUUCCAGUUCGACUUCCUUAGACCCAAUCAUAGCUUUUUCCAAUUCUUCCGGUCUCUAGUCGAGCAAUACAAGAUCCUGCUUGAAGAACAGGAAACAGUCGAGGCUCGCAUAGAGGAGUUGCAGCACAACAUCAAGAAUCGCUUCCACAUCUUGGAGAGAGCCAAAGGGCGGGCCGAGUACGUCAAGUAUGUGUCAGCCCAGAAGGAAAAGGAGAUCAAAAAAGCAGAAGAUGAGCACAAGGAAUUCGCCAGCAUUGACUGGCACGACUUCUCCGUCAUUGCCACCGUUCUCUUCGACGACGCCGACGACGCUGCCGAGCUACCGCCCCCCGCGCUUCUCAACGAUCUCCAAUCUCAGUCUCUUGAACAAAAGGCAAUGGUAUCCCUCUCGACGAGGCGCCUCGAAGAAGCUAUGCCAGACGAGCAGACCUAUUAUAAUGUCAGUCAGCAACAGCACAUGGUGCCACCGCCAAUGCCGCACAUGCAGCCGAACUAUGGUCCAACGGCGCCGCCGGUACAGGUACCCUAUGGAGCGCAUGCGCCCCCUCCACAGGAUCACCGCACACCGGCGCAAGUAGCGCGUGAAGAGGAACAGGCUCGGAUGGCAAGAGAACGUCAAGCAGAAAGCGACCAGAGAGCACGCGCUCAGGCUGCCGCGAGGGGAGCGCCUGGCCGCAUUGUCACCGACUACGUUCCUCGCGCUGCGAAGAAGGCGAAUGUUGCAAUGGCCGUGUGCCCCAACUGCAAGCAGCAGAUUCCUUCGAAUGAGAUGGACGAACACAUUCGCAUCGAACUGCUGGAUCCUCGCUGGAAGGAACAGCGAGACAAAGCCGAGGCUCGGUACUCGACCACGAUCAACACAGCCGAUGUUGCGAACAACCUCAAGCGUUUUGCUAGUCAGCGUGAGGACAUAUAUGACGGUGCCACCGGACUCCCGAUAUCAGCAGAGGAAGAGGCUCGGCGGAAGAAGGCUGCCCUCUCGUACGACGGGCAGCCAGAUCCGGCCAAGGAUGCGGCUCGCCUGUCCCAGAUGCAGAGCAUGAAUGUUCAAGAACAGCUUCGCCGUAUUCAGGAAAAGCAUCGACACUGA